GCCAGGCCCCUCUAAGCUCGCUUCCUUGUCCUCUGCGUCAUCGCACACAGCGAAAAGCAACGAAAGCGAACCAGCACCAGCACCACCACCACCCACAACACCGACAGCUGCUUUCCUCGGUGCACCUCUCCUGCCUUCUUUUGACUGAGCAGCCAGUCGCUUCACCACAGGAAAGGCUCUGACAAUGAAUGCGAUCAAGCUUCAGCGGAAGUAUCCCCAAUUCACGCAAGAAGACGUCUACGGUCUCAUCAACAACUUCAAUAAAAUUGAUAUCGAUGAUAAAGGUUCCGUCGACCAACAGACCAUCAUCAAGGCGUGUCAGCAGUUUGAGCGCGGUACUUCCUACGACGAAGUCCGAGCAGCUCUCAAAGAAUGCAAUCUCGACUCAACGGGUCGUGUGGAGCUAGACGACUACGUCGAACUCAUCUCUAAAUUGCGAGCAGGAACGACAAAGGGCCAGCUAGAGGUCAAAAAGGACAAGAUCAAAGUCGGUGGCUCCAACAGCAACAUCUCUCACACCAUCAAUGACGAUGAACGUACUGAAUUCACAAGACACAUCAAUGGCGUCUUGGCCGGUGAUGCUGAUAUCGGCGACCGUCUGCCCUUUGCGACCGAUACGUUCGAGAUGUUUGAUCAGUGCAAAGACGGUCUCGUCUUGUCGAAACUCAUCAAUGACGCUGUCCCCGAUACCAUUGAUGAGCGUGUGCUGAACAAAGCCAAGGGCACCAAGAAACUCAACAAUUUCACCAUGACUGAAAAUAACAAUGUUGUGAUUGCAAGUGCCAAGUCGUUGGGUCUCUCUGUCGUCAACAUUGGUUCGCAAGAUAUCAUGGAAGGCAGUGAACAUCUCAUUCUCGGUCUUAUCUGGCAAAUCAUUCGACGUGGGUUGCUCUCCAAGAUUGACAUCAAACUGCACCCAGAAUUGUACAGACUCUUGGAUGAAGAUGAGACACUCGAACAGUUUCUCAGGCUGCCACCUGAGCAAAUCCUCUUGCGUUGGUUCAACUACCACCUGAAAGCAGCGGGUUGGAGCCGUAAAGUCGGCAACUUUAGCUCAGAUGUUUCCGAUGGCGAGAAUUACACCGUCUUGCUCGCUCAACUCAAACCAGAACACUGUACACGGGCUCCCUUGCAAACAAAAGAUGUGCAUCAACGUGCUGAACAAGUCUUGCAGAAUGCAGACAAGAUUGAUUGUCGCAAGUACUUGACUGCCAAAUCCAUGGUCGCAGGCAAUCCAAAACUCAACUUGGCAUUUGUGGCCAAUUUGUUCAACACGCAUCCGUGUCUUGAACCACUUGAAGAGGCAGAGAAGCCUGAAAUUGAAGACUUUGACGCUGAAGGUGAGCGUGAAGCGCGUGUGUUUACAUUAUGGCUCAAUUCGCUCGAUAUCGAUCCUUCUGUGCACAACUUGUUUGAAGAUGUUCGCGAUGGUGUUGUGUUGUUGCAGGCAUACGAUAAGAUCAAGCCAGGUGCAGUCAAUUGGCGUCAAGCCAAUAAACGACCCCAAGACAAGGAACUCUCUCGCUUCAAGGCUGUGGAGAACACAAACUAUGCCGUGGAUCUGGGUCUGCAGAAUCGCUUCAGUUUGGUGGGUAUUCAAGGUGCUGAUAUCACGGAUGGUCAUCGUCUCUCCAUCUUGUCCAUUGGUUGGCAACUCAUGCGAAAAGAUCUGACAGAGACCCUCAAGAAGCUUGCAAGUAAGAUGGGUGGUGAAGUGACCGAUCAACAGAUCCUCAAAUGGGCCAAUGCCACAGCCGGUGGUCGCUCGACGAUCCGCAGUUUUAGUGACCCGUCUAUUCGAACGGGUAAAUUCAUGCUCGACAUGCUCGCUGGUGUCAACCCAGCGUAUGUCGACUACGAUAUUGUCGCCGAGGGCAGAAGCGAGGAAGAAGGAAUCAGUAAUGCACGUCUGGCAAUCAGUAUUGCAAGGAAGUUAGGGACAACCAUCUUUGUGCUGCCGGAGGAUAUCGUCCAGGUGAGGGCGAAGCUUGUUUGGACUUUUGUGGCGAGUUGUAUGGCAUCUGCAUCGAAAGUCUCGAAUCACUGAAAAGGAAAAAAAAAGGUUGUAGCAAAUGUGUAGUCCAUGCAUCAAUGUUGUUGGUGUGGCUUGAUAUGGUUUGUGAACUGGCUAUGGAUGCUAGAUACGUUGAUUUGCUGACAGGAAUAGUAUAUUAUGUCGUUGCUCUUGCGAUGACUGCAUCGUGACACUCAAGAUUUGUACGCUUUGGGUGCGAGGACGCCAGCUUAGCGUUUCAAUCACUUGUAUAGUGAUGACGCCACUCGACUUCAAGGUGUUUGAAUAGAGCUUGUGCUUUCACCAAAGCUUUCUUGAUGCGAUCG